UUCCGCGGAAUGAUAGUACACGGUUUCAUGCCCAAUAUUUUCACUCUCUUUUUCCAGUUCAGUCCACCAAGUGAGUACGACACAAGACCAAGCUGACAUGAAAAUAAUGCGACUCCGUCAGAUUUUUCAUUUCUUCCUUCUUGGAAUGUUUGUUGGCUUGUCUCUGAGUGGGCUCAUUUACUGGGGAUUCACCUCCAUUUGGUUUGGAAAUCAUCUAACAGGUCACUUGGGUCAAACAGAUAUUGCUUCUGUGACACCAUGGUUAGCCCCGAUUGUUUGGGAGGGAACCUUUGACUCUGCAGUGAUCGACUCUAUCUACAAACAACAAAACAUUACGAUAGCGACCACUGUCUUCGCUUUGGGAAAAUAUACACGUUUUCUCAAAGAUUUCCUGGAAUCAGCAGAGGAGCAUUACUUUGUUGGAUUUCGAGUGCAUUACUACCUGUUUACAGAUCAACCAGAGGAAGUUCCUAAUGUAAAACUAGGUCAAGAACGUUACCUGACAGUAAAGAAGGUUCCAAGUAUGAACAGAUGGCAGGAUAUCAGUAUGGACAGGAUGGAAAUACUGGAGAAACUACUAGAGAAUGAACUGGCUAGUGAGGCCGACUAUAUUUUCUGCCUUGAUGUAGAUACAAAGUUCUAUGGCCGCUGGGGAGUAGAAACUUUGGGUCGUCUGGUAGGUGUGAUACAUCCUUGGUACUUUAAUGUUCCAAGGUUCAUAUUCACAUAUGAGCAUAGACCAGAAUCUCAAGCAUGUAUUCCAGCUGGGGAAGGUGAUUAUUAUUAUACUGGCGCUGCAUUUGGCGGCUCAUUGAAAGAUGUACAUCAUCUCACCAAAACCUGCCGGAAGCAGAUGAACAUCGAUGUUGCAAACUCCAUUGAGGCGAUAUGGCAUGAGGAGUCUCACUUGAACAAGUAUUUCCUUUAUAACAAACCCAGUAAACUGCUUUCACCUGAAUAUCUGUGGCGGGACAUUAGUAUGAGUUCAGACCACAUAAAAAUAAUUCGCUUCUCUCAUGUUGCUAAAAACAAUGCUGAAGUUCGUCCAAACUUGUAGCAUUUUUGUGAAAGUUUAUAUCUACAUCAACAUGUUGAGUUACACAAAACAAAACAAAACAAAAAUUCUUAUUUGUUACUUUUGGGGCAAACUGAUCAAACUGGUUUGAACACAGCCUUUGCGUUAGAAGAAAAGUUUGUUGAUUGCAAAUUUGAUUAAAAAACAUGAUUCAAGCGAGUUAUGUUUCCACAAAGACAUGACUGAAGAUAUUGUACAGCUUUAAUUAUGAAUCAUGAUGAAUGUCAAAUCCUGUUUUGUCAAAUCUUCUCGGUCUUUGUCUAGUUUAAAAAAAAGUUUUGAAGUUUUUCAAAAAAAGACUUGUUUCUUGGCAUCAAGUAAAAUGUGUUUUCUCUCUAUUUGGAGAAUUUGUUUACUUGUUUUAAGCACACAAUUCAUUAAAUGUUUUAUGUUUAUUAUGCAUUUACCUCAAAAUACUGAAAACACACACUACUUUUAUAAUAAACCCAAACAGUAACCAGGGGCGGAUCUAGAAAAUAAUUUUUAGGGUGGCAAAGGGGUAGCACGGGGUCUAUGAGAGGUGGCAACACCAAAGCAAGCCCCAUCCAUAGUUUUUGGGGAUUGAUUGUCUGUCAUGCACAGUUGUUCACAAAUAUUGCAUUACCAUUAAGUAAUCAUCUAUACUGUUUAAAAUGAAAAAUUUUCAAUAUCCAUCAUGGCACCAAGUCAAUACACAAUAUAAAAAAC